GUUUUAUACCGGGGACCGGACAUGUCUUUCCCUCAGCUGGGUUUCCCGCAGGUGUACGGGAUGGAGAGAGCUUCUCCGCCGCGGGACGGAGGCUCGGAAAGCGGCGGCGCUGUCACGGCCGCUGCCCUCGCUCCGCUGCUCGGUGUGUACGCGCAUCCGUGGAGCGCGCAUCGCUACGGAGCGUUUCUGCCCUACAGCAGCGCGGAGGCGGCACUGCUGAACCACAUGGGUUCCCAGUACGAGUUGAAGGAUAACCCAGGUGCCCACCCGGCCGGAUUGGCGGUGCAUGCAGCGCCCGGUUUCUAUCCAUACGGCCAGUACCAGUACGCUGACCCGUCUAGAGCCAAAAGCGCCACACGGGAGACCACGAGCACCCUGAAAGCCUGGCUUAACGAGCACAAGAAGAACCCGUACCCCACCAAGGGGGAGAAGAUCAUGCUCGCCAUCGUCACCAAAAUGACCCUCACCCAGGUGAGCACUUGGUUCGCCAAUGCGCGCCGCCGGCUCAAGAAGGAGAACAAAGUGACGUGGGGACGCAGCGCCGAGGACGAAGACAGCGAGCACGACGAGGACGACGAGGGCGCGCACAAGCACGAGCGGGAGGAGGAAAUCGAUCUGGAGACCGUGGACACCGACGAGGAGCGGGGCGACCCGGUGCCAAAACCGGAGGAUUCCAGGGCGCGCGUGCACGAGCAGAGUGACUCGGACAGCGAGAGCGCGCACGCACACGCACAAGUCGGCUCGGUGAGCAAGGACCCGAGCGCGGCGGACGUUUCUCCGGGCGCACCGGGAUGCCAGAGACCCGUGAACUCCAAACCCAAAAUCUGGUCGCUGGCAGAAACAGCGACGAGUCCCGAUACCUGCCAGAGAGCGAGCAGCGCGCACCCGGCCUUCCUGUCCACCAGCGGGAUUUACACCUGUCAGAUCGGGAAGCUGAACGGAUGGACGAGCGGCGCUUUCCUCGGUACCGGUUCGCUCAUCGGGGUCCGGUCACUCCUGGGUGUGAAUCCCAGCGGUCAUUACAUUACAGGAACCGGGCAGUGCGAGAGUCCCACCGGCAGCAUCAGUCCACAACAUAACAACGAUGGAGAAACUGUACAGAGCCCCGAUUCUCCAGCACUUCCACUGAGGCCACAAUUCCCAGUCAUCCACGACAGGUCUCACCAUGAAACGGCACAGCGAGCUCUGAAAACGGUUUCCUGAGGACGCACAAGAACCUCCAGAUUUUACCUAAAUUAUUACAUGUACAUGAACUCUACACAUGUAUCAGAGAUGAAAUAUCCCACGUCAUCAGAUGCACCAAAAAGUAUUUUAUAGGUUGAUGUUUUAUGAAGCUGUCGACAUUUUUAUUUGACAUUGAGCCUGAAUGCAGCAUGUGUGUGUGUGUGUGUGUGUGUGUGUGUGUGUGUGUUUACCAUGUAGCUCAUUGCCAUCACUUUUUACAAUCCAGAAGAUUUAUUUGUUCAAAGGCCAAUGUGUGUAAAUGAUAUAUUUUUGUGUAAUAAACUAAAUAUAAUGAAAA